AUGUGGGCUGUUUUGCUGUAUGGCUGUGAAAUUUGGCGUGUUCGAGCAGCGGAACUGAGACGUCUUCAGGUGUUCGACAAUCGUUGUCUCGAAACCAUAGCUCAUGUGGUUCGACGGUCGUCCUUGGAACAAAUGAAUUGGUAUCUGAAUCGAAGACCUAAGCCAGAUGGGACUUUGCGACUGUUCGGGUUACCUUUUAGUGUAACAAAAGCGCAGAUUCAAGCAUUCUUCGAAGGCUUCGAAAUUGUUAAGGAUGGCAUCGGUCUUUUAACAGACCACCAUGGUCGACCUACAGGAGAGGCAUUCGUGCAGUUUGUAUCUCCUGAAGUCGCUAGACUUGCCGCCGGGAAGCACAAACAUCUGAUCGAUGGAAGAUAUGUGGAAAUUUCCUUCAGCACUCUAAGGGCUGCAAAUCAAGCUAUUGAGCGACAGAUGUAUAUCAACAUGGGAAUGGUCCCACCUGACCCAAAGUCGUCGACACGUACGUGGACGAAUCCUUACUGGAUGAAACGUCCUUUGCCAAGUGGAAAUCCUUCCUCCUCCCCACAGACCAGUCCGCAAUUCCCAAAUACUUCAUUCACCUCCUCAUUCGGACAAAGCCAGCUGGGUUGUCGUCCCUUCUUUUCGGCGAUACUCGAAGCUGCCGGUUUGGCGUACUGUGCUCCAGUGGUAGAACAAAACUGGGUGUGUCAGUAUCCGGCACCGGAUGUAAACGGUUGCAAUGUAACAUAUACCAUGCCGACUUUCGAUAGCCAGAGUUCAACAGGAGCUAGUCGGACGCAGCGACACAUACGUAUGCGCGGCCUGCCAUUUGCGGCUACCGUAAAUGAUAUAUUGGACUUUUUCCGACCGAUCCAGCCGCUAACCGUCACUAUGAGAGCUCACAAGAACGGAAAACCGAACGGGAUGGCGGAUGUCUACUUUGCUACCGUAGAGGAUACCAGGGAAGCAAUGAAGCGUCAUAAGGCUCCAAUGGGUUUUCGGUACAUAGAGUUGUUCUCCUCCGUACACGAAUCUUGACCAACCCGACCAACUGCGUGCAGUUACCCCAAUACGAACACAAACGUACUUCGUUAUUUAACAAUGCCCGCACUUUGUAUAUUCUGUUUAUGUACAAAUCAUUUCUUCUGAUCUGAUAAGUCCUUUCUGAACGACUGUAGAGCGGAUUUGAAGGCCAAUUUGAUAUGUACAAAGCAGUCACGUAGGCACAGUAGUCCUUCACGUAAAGUAUCAUGGGCUGAGCCGUCUGAAAUUGAGAAAGUGUCAGCGAGAUAUCAUUAAUAUUGAGGAGCGAGUCGUGUAUCGAAGCCAAGAAAGUAACCGA